AACUGAUGCAAGCAGAGGAGUUGCAGAGCGGUUGGGAGGGGAAAAUUGGUGCCCUCUCAGGGGAUAGGGGUGAGGGGCAGUCCGCGGAGGGAGGAGGGAGGUGUGUGUGUGUGUGUGUGUGUGUGUGUGUGUGUGUGUGUGUGUGCGCGCGCGCUUCCCUUCCCAGGAAAUAAACGUCUCUAAGUGAAAGGAUACGCGCUAGGACAGAAGUAGGCUGGGUGUCCAGAGAAGACCUGUCCUGCUUCUAGCAUCCCUGGGGACUUCCUUUUAACCAUCAAACUCCCAGCAAUUACCAUAAACUCCACAGUGACUCCGGGUGGGGUACUGGGUGGAGAAUUUCUCUUCCAGAGAGGUACUUCCCACACUUCACCCCGAAGUUCGCGUUUGAAGGGAUGCUUCUUCACCCGCUGGGUGGCCCGGGAGACCGCGGGGAGCAGUUGUGCUAGGUUAAGUUUCUGAAAGUCAGAUCCAGUCCCGGAUUACCAGCUCUCCGCCCCGGGGGCUCCGCUGCACGCUCGAGCUGCUGCUGCUGCUGCUGGGCGGCAAAGGGGCCGCGGCUGCUUUAAGAACCGCCUCCCCCUCUCUUCCCUUUGACAAUGGUCUGAACCGAGCUCUGCUUCCCAAAGCAAAAUUUGUAAUAUGCCAUUUUUCCGAUGGACCCUUCUCCUUUUGGCUGCUGACGGAGCCACGGGAAGAUGCCGAGUGGCUGCCACGCUACGGAGCCGGGGCACGUUCCAGGAGAACGCUGGGGCUCUCGAGUGUCUAAGCAGCCUUUCUCCUCCCGUUGCUAGGGAAAUGGUCCAGGACUGCUGGGUGUGAGCCUCACCUCUCCUCCAGCCGAGACUGCGGUUGUCAGUGAUCCAUUGAAGAAACAGGACCUGAAAUAAGAGACAUUAGCAAUGAUGUGUGAAGUGAUGCCCACGAUUAAUGAGGACACCCCAAUGAGCCAACGGGGGUCCCAAAGCAGUGGCUCCGACUCGGACUCCCACUUUGAGCAGCUGAUGGUCAAUAUGCUGGAUGAAAGGGAUCGUCUACUAGAUACACUUAGAGAGACCCAAGAAAGCCUCUCACUUGCCCAGCAAAGACUCCAGGACGUCAUCUAUGACAGAGAUUCCCUCCAGAGACAGCUGAAUUCAGCCCUACCUCAGGACAUCGAAUCCCUAACAGGAGGGCUGACUGGUUCUAAGGGGGCUGAUCCACCGGAAUUUGCUGCAUUGACUAAAGAACUGAAUGCUUGCCGGGAGCAACUUCUAGAGAAGGAAGAAGAGAUCUCAGAGCUUAAAGCCGAAAGAAACAACACAAGACUGUUACUGGAGCACUUGGAGUGCCUUGUGUCACGACAUGAAAGGUCACUGAGAAUGACCGUGGUGAAGCGGCAAGCUCAGUCUCCCUCAGGAGUGUCCAGUGAGGUGGAGGUUCUCAAGGCACUGAAAUCUUUGUUUGAGCACCACAAGGCCUUGGAUGAAAAGGUAAGGGAGCGACUGAGGGUUUCUUUAGAAAGAGUCUCUGCACUGGAAGAGGAACUAGCUUCAGCUAAUCAGGAGAUUGUUGCCUUGCGUGAGCAAAAUGUUCAUAUUCAGAGAAAAAUGGCAUCAAGUGAGGGGUCCACAGAGUCGGAACAUCUUGAAGGGAUGGAACCUGGCCAGAAAGUUCAUGAAAAGCGUCUAUCCAACGGUUCCAUAGACUCAACAGAUGACACCAGCCAGAUAGUGGAGCUACAGGAAUUGCUUGAAAAGCAAAACUAUGAAAUGGCCCAAAUGAAAGAACGCUUAACAACUCUUUCUUCACGAGUGGGGGAGGUGGAGCAGGAAGCAGAGACAGCAAGAAAGGACCUCAUAAAAACGGAAGAAAUGAACACAAAAUAUCAAAGGGACAUCCGGGAGGCAAUGGCUCAGAAGGAAGAUAUGGAAGAAAGAAUCACAACCCUGGAGAAACGUUACCUCAGUGCUCAGAGAGAAUCUACCUCCAUUCAUGACAUGAAUGAUAAACUAGAAAAUGAGUUGGCAAACAAGGAAGCCAUCUUGCGGCAGAUGGAAGAAAAGAACAGACAGUUACAAGAGCGUCUCGAACUGGCUGAGCAAAAGUUACAGCAGACCAUGAGAAAGGCGGAAACUCUGCCUGAAGUAGAGGCUGAACUGGCUCAGAGAAUUGCAGCCCUAACAAAGUCUGAUCCAACCUCUUCUACCUCAUCUGAUGAUUAUCAAUAUGUUAUGGAAGCUAAACUCCAAGAAAUGAUCUCCAUACGUAGGAAGGCUGAAGAGAGGCAUGGAAAUAUUGAAGAACGUAUGAGACACCUAGAGGGUCAACUGGAAGAGAAGAAUCAGGAACUUCAAAGAGCCAGACAAAGAGAGAAAAUGAAUGAGGAACAUAAUAAAAGAUUAUCUGAUACCGUGGACAGACUUCUGACGGAAUCCAAUGAGCGUCUACAGCUGCACUUGAAAGAAAGAAUGGCUGCUCUGGAGGAGAAGAAUGUUUUGAUUCAAGAAUCAGAAACCUUCAGAAAAAAUCUUGAAGAAUCUUUACAUGAUAAGGAAAGAUUAGCAGAAGAAAUUGAGAAGUUAAGAUCUGAACUUGACCAAAUGAAAAUGAGAACUGGCUCUCUAAUUGAACCCACUAUAUCGAGAACGCACCUAGACACAUCGACUGAGUUGCGAUAUUCAGUUGGUUCUCUUGUGGACAGCCAGUCUGAUUACAGAACCACUAAAGUAAUCCGGAGGCCAAGGAGAGGCCGUAUGGGUGUGCGAAGAGAUGAGCCAAAGGUGAAAUCUCUGGGGGAUCAUGAAUGGAACAGAACUCAGCAAAUUGGAGUCCUAGGCAGCCACCCGUUUGAGAGUGACACUGAAAUAUCCGAUAUUGAUGAUGAUGACAGAGAAACCAUUUUUAGCUCAAUGGAUCUUCUCUCUCCAAGUGGCCAUUCCGAUGCCCAGACUCUAGCUAUGAUGCUUCAAGAACAAUUGGAUGCCAUCAACAAAGAAAUAAGGCUAAUUCAAGAAGAGAAGGAAUCUACAGAAUUGCGUGCCGAAGAAAUCGAGAAUAGAGUGGCUAGCGUAAGCUUGGAAGGUCUGAAUUUGGCAAGGGUCCAUCCUGGUACCUCCAUCACUGCCUCUGUUACAGCUUCAUCUUUGGCUAGCUCUUCUCCCCCUAGUGGACACUCAACGCCAAAGCUCACGCCAAGAAGCCCUGCUAGGGAAAUGGACCGCAUGGGAGUCAUGACUCUGCCAAGUGAUCUAAGGAAACAUCGGAGAAAGAUUGCUGUGGUGGAAGAGGAUGGACGGGAGGAUAAGGCAACAAUCAAAUGUGAAACUUCUCCUCCGCCAACACCCAGAGCCAUCAGAAUGACUCACACGCUCCCUUCUUCCUACCACAAUGACGCCCGGAGCAGUUUAUCAGCCUCCCUUGAGCCAGAAAGCCUUGGCCUUGGCAGUGCCAAUAGCAGCCAGGACUCUCUUCACAAAGCCCCCAAGAAGAAAGGAAUCAAGUCUUCAAUCGGGCGCUUGUUUGGAAAAAAAGAAAAGGCUCGUCUUGGGCAGCUUCGAGGCUUCAUGGAGACCGAAGCUGCGGCCCAGGAAUCCCUAGGCUUAGGCAAGCUUGGAACUCAAGCAGAAAAGGACAGAAGAUUGAAGAAAAAGCAUGAACUCCUUGAAGAAGCUCGUAGAAAAGGAUUACCUUUUGCCCAGUGGGAUGGACCCACUGUGGUCGCUUGGCUGGAGCUCUGGUUGGGAAUGCCUGCUUGGUACGUGGCAGCCUGCAGAGCCAAUGUGAAAAGUGGAGCCAUCAUGUCGGCUCUCUCAGACACGGAAAUCCAGAGGGAGAUUGGAAUCAGCAACCCUCUGCAUCGUUUAAAGCUCAGACUAGCUAUCCAGGAGAUGGUGUCCCUCACAAGUCCUUCAGCUCCUCCUACAUCUCGCACUUGUCCGGUCUUUCUACAGACCCUGGCUUAUGGAGAUAUGAACCACGAAUGGAUUGGAAACGAAUGGCUGCCCAGCCUGGGGUUGCCUCAGUACAGAAGUUACUUUAUGGAAUGCUUGGUUGAUGCACGAAUGUUAGACCACCUCACCAAAAAAGAUCUUCGUGUCCAUUUAAAAAUGGUGGAUAGUUUCCAUCGAACAAGUUUACAAUAUGGAAUUAUGUGCUUGAAAAGAUUGAAUUAUGAUAGAAAAGAGCUAGAGAGAAGACGGGACGCAAGUCAACAUGAAAUAAAAGAUGUCUUAGUGUGGAGCAAUGAUCGAGUUAUUCGCUGGAUACAAGCGAUUGGACUUCGAGAAUAUGCAAAUAACAUCCUCGAGAGCGGAGUGCACGGCUCGCUUAUAGCCCUGGAUGAGAACUUUGACUACAGCAGCCUGGCUUUAUUGUUGCAGAUUCCGACACAGAACACCCAGGCAAGGCAGAUUCUUGAACGCGAGUACAAUAACCUCCUGGCUCUGGGAACUGAGCGGCGACUGGAUGAAAAUGAUGACAAGAAUUUCAGACGUGGCUCAACCUGGCGAAGGCAGUUCCCUCCUCGUGAAGUACAUGGAAUCAGUAUGAUGCCUGGCUCCUCAGAGACAUUGCCCGCUGGAUUCAGGUUAACCACAACAUCUGGGCAGUCAAGAAAAAUGACAACGGAUGAUGUUAUCUUUUCAGUCUACACGACCUAAAGUGUACUACUGCCUACGAAGACAAACGGAGAAAGCCUUCACAGAGACUGAAUUCUAAGGAAAUAAUAUAAGAAACGGUUUACCAAACAUUAAAUGUGAUUUUGGGGGGAAUCAGAUAAUAAGUUUGAUUAGUUUACUAUGAUUGUAAUAAAACGCUUAAAUCAUCUGAAAUAUGAACAUCACCCACAUCAUAAACUCUGUACAUCUGAUGCUUUUAUGAGAUGGAACUAUUCGUUUUUUCAUGUUGUAAUAUAAUAGGCAUUUAUGUAUUACUGUGUAACAUUUCUUUUUAAAUGUGUAAGUCUUCUGUAAAUGGAUAUAAAUAUGAUUUUUUAAAGAAAAAUAAAAUAUAUGGUUCAUGGAGUCUCUAGUGCAAACAUUGAACAAUUCAAAGUCCUGUUUGUAUUUUACCAUUCCACCAUUUUUACGGUUUCUGAACUGUAAGUCAAAUCAGUACGUUUCCUGGAAGCGGGUUUCAUGCUUCAACCUGCUGCUCCUUCCAGUCUGUCAAAUCUGAAAGCUGAGCACCUGCCUCUGAUCAUGUAAAAUAAAUAAAUAAAUAAAAGUUAAAAAAAAAAGAAAAGAGAGAGAGAAAGAAUGAUAUAACCUGGACCUGGAGCCAAAAAAAGACCUUUAAAGGCAAUCAGGGAUCUGAUGUCCUCUCUCUGUAAAAAAAAACAACACUGUGAUGCCUCAAUCUCCUUUUCAACAGAAAACAAAGCCAAACUGUUUACAAGCAUCAAAUGCAAUGAUUUUAAAAAUUUAUAUCAAGAAAACCAUUGUCUAAUCUUGUUGCCUGUGGAUCAUGAAACACACACACACACACACACACACACACACACACACACACACACACACACACCUUUCUUAAGAACCACAUGUUCAUUCAAAUACCCCGAACUGCCAGCCAGCACUGGACAGUGAGUGUCAACCACUGUAGAGUCUGAGGCCCAUCUCCACUAG